AUGACGGGCUGCACAGGGCGUAGCUGGGGCUUCGUUGCGCCAGACGUGCAAGAUCCGCCACAAUGUAUCGCCUUGUGUAGGGAGAGAUUCCUCAAAGAACUGUUGCCCGAGGAUGAGACAUUCGACCGAGUGUGCGAGGCUCUGCAAGACAGGGAACGCAUGGAGAGGGACCAGCCUUUCCAGGCUUUGUAUUGUUGCGAUGCUCAGGCUUGUGGCGUGGACAACCUUGGUGAGCGUGGCAGAGAUCCAAAUGUCAACUGGCUCAUCAAUGCCUGUCAAGAUAUUGGUUACCACUCCGUGUUAGAUCCAGGCCCUCCUCAACCCUAUCACAUAUGCGAUUCUGAGUCUGUCAAUGGAAAUGACAAACACUGUCAAGACGCCAACUCAGCCGAUGGAAUUCAAGAUGAAUCUUCUCAAACCACAUCAAGACCAUCAUCGGCAAAAUCAAUAACAACGACAGAAAACACAGUCUAUACAAAACCGACAACUAAAGAAACCAUAAGCUCAGUACCACUACAAAGCUCAGUACCACAAACGAGUUAUUCCACAAGCAAAGAUUCCUCAACUCAAGCAACUUCCGACCCUUCCAACAGCGAUCAAAAUGACACCAAAGACAACAAAGGAAUGCCGCUAGGCGUGAAAGUCACCAUCGCCAUCAUCUCCGUCGUGGGCCUCCUUGCCAUCGGCGCUUUGAUAUUCUGCCUCCUUCGAAGAAGACGCUCUCGCAAGAACGACAUCCGAAGACUCAUCAAGCAUCCCACAUCGCCGCCUCCAGUAGCAGACUCACCAACCCCUCUCGUCUCUCCAGCUAUCUCUUUUUCUGCUUCUCAUGUUGAUGCCGAGGCUGUCCCGCUUACACCACCGGCGCGGCUUCGUGAACGGAGAUAUCUUCCCACCACAGGUGAUCAGCCGGACAUUUUCCCAACUUCUCCCCUCUUCUCACCUACGGGGAGGAAGCUAUCGCCUCGACAUGAAAGGACACCUAGAAUCUACAGCGCAAACCAAGUCCCUAUGAUAGUCAUGACGGCGCCAGAUGGGUGCAACAUGAGAGAUAACGACCACUCGGCAAGCAUCAGCGAUGGCAUCAUCACCCCUCCGCCUUCUGCCCUCAUAGACCCUUUUGGUCUCAGCGGAAAUACUUCUCCUCCUCGCCCCCCACGAUCUCGCGAUGCUUCGUUUAAUAUGCUUGCCAGUCCGGGACCGCCACCCACAAGAGCUCUUCCCUCAACACCUCCCAACAGGCCUGCUACUCCUACAAACCCCCCUCAUAAGGGCGUGAGUUGA